AUGGGUUCGCCGCCGCAAAAUCACAACUGGGUCUUCGAUUAUGGAGUUUUAGAAGAUAUUCCUGUACCUGGCGGUGACCUACCGCCCCUUGACCUGCCCGGUUUCACUUGGCCCUCUCAUUCAUUUGUCGCUCCGGCCGCUCCCAGCGUGGACUUUGAUGACUCAUUUGGAAAUUCAGACAGUAUCAAGGAAAGUGGGUGUCGAAAACGGGUGAGGUCUGGAUCAUGCAAUGUGACUGGUUCUAAAGCAUGCAGAGAGAAAAUGCGGAGGGAUAGACUGAACGACAGGUUCCUGGAAUUGAGUUCUAUGCUUGAACCUGGAAGGCCACCCAAAACUGACAAGGCUGCUAUAUUGGGUGAUGCUGUCCGAGUGGUGAAUCAGUUACGCGGAGAAGCCCAGCAACUGAAGGAUUCAAAUGGAGAUCUGCAGGAGAAGAUAAAUGAAUUAAAGGCUGAGAAGAAUGAACUUCGUGAUGAGAAGCAGAGGCUCAAAACAGAGAAAGAAAACAUUGAGCGGCAAAUUAAAGCCUUGAAUACUCAGCCAGGCUUCUUGCCUCACCCUGCUGCAAUUCCAGGUCCAUUUUCUGCCCCAGGCCAAGUUGUUGGUGGCAAACUGAUGCCCUUCGUCAGAUAUCCUGGAGUUUCCAUGUGGCAGUUCAUGCCACCGGCUGCAGUUGAUACCUCACAAGACCAUGUUCUCCGUCCUCCUGUUGCAUGA